UUUGUUACCGGAUCGUUUGUCGUGUGGACCUGGAGGACCAGGACCAGUCAUGAUUUCAAUUUCGUCGACCGACUAAAGUCAACUCAAAUUCCCGAUGCUCGGCAAUGAUCUGCAGAAGAGAGUCGAUCGAUACUGUAAUUGUGCAAAUAAAGCAACAUCGGUAAUGCAUGGAAUGAGGAUAAUUUCAAUUUUCAACUGUAAAAACUGAAUCAACCUCCGACGUUGGAUCAUAGAAGAACUGAAGAAACGCAAAGAAAUCGGGAACUGAAUCGUGCAAACACCAAAUGACAGAUUCGAAUCUGUAUCUACAGGAGUCGGGUUGGGAGGAACUCAGAAAGGAGGCACGUAAGAUCGAGGGUGAUAUCGAUGUUAAGCUCUCCUUGUACGAUAAGCUCGGAGCCAGGUUCGCCCAAGGAGGAUAUGUGGAUAUCGGAUCACCAACAGUUGGAUCUGGCAGGUCCUGGAAGUCUAUGGAAAUGGAAAUCCAGUCAUUGCUGGAGAAGCUGUUAGAUGUUAAUGAUGCAAUGAGUAGAUGUGCGGCAUCUGCUGCACCAACUACUUCAGUAACUCAGAAGCUAGCAAGACACAGAGACAUAUUUCAUGAGUUUACUCAAGAAUUUAGAAGAAUCAAAGGAAACAUAAACUCAAUGAGGGAACAUGCAGAGCUUCUCAGUUCUGUUAGGGAGGAUAUCAGUGAGUAUAAGGCAUCUGGGAGUAUGUCAUCAAGAAUGCAGUUAUUGCGAGAAAGAGCUGCCAUCCAUGGAAGCAUAACUCAUAUAGAUGAUGUAAUUAAUCAAGCGCAAUCGACAAGAGCUGCCUUGGGCUCGCAAAGAGCUCUGUUUGGGGAUGUUCAGGGAAAAGUGAAGGUUUUGAGUGACAAGUUCCCUAUUAUUCGAAACUUACUUGGUUCCAUCAGAAGGAGGCGUUCAAGAGACACUCUUAUUCUAUCUGCAGUUAUUGCUGCUUGUACGUUGUUUCUUAUCAUCUAUUGGCUAUCAAAAUAACAAAAUAUGUGAUUUAUAAUUUGUUGAUAUACAUACACAGAUCUAUAGUGAUGGUGUUUUUCCAUAGGAAUUUUACUUACGUAUCAUUUUUUCAAGUAAAAAAGAAUUUCUUUUUCUGAA